AUGCGUCUUCUCGAGGCAGCCUCGUUCGGUGAAGGCGUGCGCACAGCACUUCAGCCCAACCCUAACGACGCAGCUUGGACCACGAUCCUCCCGCGCACUGUCUUGAUCCACAGCCAUGCCCGACUUACAAACAGCAGUGCUCUCUCCCAUCUCAUGGCCACCGAUUACGACGUUAUUGCCCCUCUGCUUGUCCGCCAGAACAAGUAUUGGAGCAACUUUUGGGGCUCGGCUUCGGGUUUCGCUCCUGCUGUAGCGGCUCAAGCUCUGGCUGACGCUGAUCGUUUGGGCUACAUGCGUAGUCCUGAUUACUAUGAGAUCGUCGAGCGCCAUCAAACGGGUGUCUGGACCGUACCCGUGGUCUUUGGUGCCGUUGUUUUGAGCGAGCGCGUGCAUGAUACGUUGAAGGAGGCUGCCCAAGACUUGGCCGAGGGUGAAGCCGGCUGGUUCUAUGGCAUGGCGGCCCUAGCUGCCCACCUGCGCCACGCUGGUAGCCUCGUGCGUGUUACCAACGAGCACCGCUUUGGCCACAUGAUCAACACGGACGCCUAUGAUGCCUCACACCUGCACCCUGACAUGUACCUGGCCCAGGACAAUCCUGCCGAAUGGGAGGCCGUGUACUUGCACGAAGAAUAUAACCAGUUUCGCGAACUCGGCGAUAUGGAAGAUUGCACAGACGUGUAUCGGGUACCGGCGCUGAGCGCUCGCUUUGCCCGCGAGAUGAUCGAGGAAUGCGAGAACCUCGGCGAGUGGAGCAAUGGACAACACACGGACAAUCGUCUCAAGGGCGGCUACGAACCCGUGCCCACCCAAGACAUUCAUUUCGAACAGAUUGGUUUCAAGGAUACUUGGCAGCAUUUCCUGCGCACAUAUCUGGGGCCUGUUGCAAACCACCACUACAUGGGCUACCACAUUCAAGGACGAACGACACUCGACUUUGUGGUGCGCUAUCGCCCCGACAAGCAGAGCUUCUUGCGACCCCACCACGAUGCGAGCACCGUGACGCUGAACGUGGCGUUGAAUCAGGGUGGUGUCGACUACCAGGGCGGUGGCACCCACUUUUUGCGUCAAAACUGCACCAUCAAGGAUGCGCCUCCGGGCUGGGGCACGCUGAGCCCCGGCCGCCUGACACAUUAUCAUGAAGGCCUCAAGACGACGGCUGGCACGCGCUACAUCCUCGUUUCCUUCAUUGAUCAGGUCUAA